AUGAAGUUCGCCUUUGCUGCGCUGCUGUUUGCCUCUGCGGUUUUCUUUAAAUUAGGUUCAGCCUCAGUACCCUGUACUCCUCAAGGUUACAGUGUUCAAUAUGGAUAUACAACACAAUCUGGUGACUGUGAUCAAUCUUCUUUGAGUGGACAAUCAGGACUUUCUGGAUAUGCAUCAGCAUCAGCCCAGGCAUCAGCUAAUGCGGCUGCCCAGGUAGGCGGGCAAGGAGCAGGGCAAGAAGGUUCUCAAUCAGGAGCACAAGGAGUAUCUCAAGCAGGAGUAGGAGGAGUAUCUCAGACUGGAGGACUAGGAGUAUCUCAGACAGGGGGGCAAGGAAUAACCCAAAUUUAUCCGAUUGGACAUCAAGGAGUAUCAGGAUCAGGUCAGGCAGUAGCAGCAGCGCAGGCAGCAGCAGCAGCUCAGGCAGCAAUUCAAGGUCAGACAGGAGGUCAGGGAUCUCACCAGACAGGAGUACAAGGAGUAUCUCAGACAGGAGAGCAAGGAACAGCCCAAGCAGGCGGACAAGCAGCAUCCCAGGCAGGAGGACAAGGCACAUCUCAGGCAGGAAUGCAAGAAGCACACCAGACAGUGGUUCAAGGAGUGACUCAGACAGGAGGACAAAGCACAUCCCAGGCAGGAUUGGAAGGAGGACACCAGACAGGAGUACAAGGAAUAUUCAGGAAUUUCUGGAACGCAGGCAGAAGCAUCAGCUCGAGCUCAAGCAGCAGCUAAAGCUCAGGCAGCAGCUCAAGCUCAGGCAUCAGCUCGAGCUCAGGCAGCAGCUCAAGCUCAGGCAUCAGCUCGAGCUCAGGCAGCAGCUCAAGCUCAGGCAGCAGCUCAAGCUCAGGCAGCAGCUCAUGGUGCAUCUCAAAUUUAUCCGAGUGGAACGUCAGGGAUUUCUGGAGAUUCAGGAUCUUCUGGAUCCCAGGCAGCAGCAGCAGCUCAAGCUCAGGCAGCAGCUCAAAGUGGAUACCAUACAUAUUCGUGCAAGGAGGAUACCCGGGAGCGUAUGGAUGGAAUGCACAGUAUUCCUCAGGUGCACAUCAAGCAUCUCAAGCCGCAUAUCAAGCCGGAUCUGCGGCUGGAUGGCAAACACAAGGAGUAGCGCCAGUAGUGCCAACUGAAAGGAUUUCCUACAAGAAGCAGUCUUCGGAUUUGGCGAAAAUGAUGUUCGCCUUUGCUGCGCUGCUGUUUACCUCUGCGGUUUUCUUCGAAUUAGGUUCAGCCUCGUUGCCCUGUAAUCCUCAAGGUUACAGUGUUCAAUAUGGAUAUACAACACAAUCUGGUGACUGUGGUCAAUCUUUUCCGAGUGGACAAUCAGGACUUUCUGGAUAUGCAUCAGCAUCAGCCCAGGCAUCAGCUAACGCCGCUGCCCAGGUAGCCGGGUACGGAGCAGGGCAAGGAGUAUCUCAGGCAGGAGCACAAGGUGUAUCUCAAGCAGGAGUAUCUCAGACAGGAGGGCAAGGAAUAACCCAAAUUUAUCCGAUAAGCUAUCAAGGAGUUUCUGGAUCAGGGCAGGCAGCAGCAGCAGCUCAGGUAGCAAGUCAAGAUCAGAUAGGAGGUCAGGGUUCUCACCAGACAAGAGUACAAGGAGUAUCUCAGACAGGAGGGCAAGGAAUAUUCCAGGCAGGUGGACAAGGAAGAUCACAAACUUAUCUGAGUGGACAAUCAGGACUUUCUGGAUAUGCAUCAGCAUCAGCCCAGGCAUCAGCCAACGCGGCCGCCCAGGUAGCCGAACACGGAGCAGGGAAAGGAGUAUCUCAGGCAGGAGCACAAGGUGUAUCUCAAGCAGGAGUAUCUCAGACAGGAGAACUAGUAGCAUCUCAGACAGGAGGGCGAGGAAUAACUCAAAUUUAUCCAAAUGGCCAUCAAGGAGUUUCUGAAUCAGGUCAGGCGGCAGCAGCAGCUCAGGCAGCAAGUCAAGGUCAGACAGGAGGUCAGGGAUCUCACCAGACAGGACUGCAAGGAGUAUCUCAGACAGGAGGGCAAGGAAUAGUCCAGGCAGGUGGACAAGGAACAUCACAAACUUAUCUGAGUGGACAAUCAGGACUUUCUGGAUAUGCAUCAGCAUCAGCCCAGGCAUCAGCCAACGCGGCCGCCCAGGUAGCCGGGCACGGAGCAGGCCAAGGAGUAUCUCAGGCUGGAGCACAAGGUGUAUCUCAAGCAGGAGUAACUCAGGCAGGAGGACUCGGAGCAUCUCAGACAGGAGGGCAAGGAAUAACCCAAAUUUAUCCGAUUGGCCAUCAAGGAGUUUUUGGAUCAGGUCAGGCAGCAGCAGCUCAGGCAGCAAGUCAAGGUCAGACAGGAGGUCAUGGAUCUCAUCAGACAGGAGUAAAAGGAGUAUCUCAGACAGGAGGGCAAGGAAUACUCCAGGCAGGUGGACAAGGAACAUCACAAACUUAUCUGAGUGGACAAUCAGGACUUUCUGGAUAUUCGGGAGUUACUGGAACGCAGGGAGAAGCAGCAGCUCGAGCGCAGGCAGCAGCUCAAGCUCAGGCAGCAGCAAAAGCUCAGGCAGCAGCUCAAGCUCAGGCAGCAGCUCAAGCUCAGGCAGCAGCUCAAGCUCAUGCAGCAGCUCAAGCUCAUGCAGCAGCUCAAGCUCAGGCAGCAGCUCAAGCCCAGGCAGCAGCUCAUGGUGCAUCCCAAACUUAUCCAAGUGGAUUAUCAGGACUUUCUGGAUAUUCAGGAGCUUCUGGAUCCCAGACAGCAGCAUCAGCUCAAGCUCAGGUAGCAGCUCAAGCUCAGACAGCAGCUCAAGCUCAGACAGCAGAUCAAGCUCAGACAGCAGCUCAAGCUCAGGCAGCAGCUCAAGGUAGAUACCAAAUCUAUUCAAGGGGAAAACCAGGAUUUUCUGAAUAUUUGACUGGAUCACCAGUGCAAGGAGGAUACCCAGGAGCAUAUGGAUGGAAUACACGUUAUUCCUCGGGUGGACAACAAGUAUCUCAAGCCGCAUAUCAAGCCGGAUCUGCGGGAGGAUGGCAAACACAAGGAGCAGUGCAAGCAGUGCCAACUGGUACCGUAUGCUAUUACAAUUGUUAA